AUGGAGGCAAAGCUGUGCUGUGGCCACAUCUGUGAAUUCGGGAAAGACCUCAAUUUCACCAUUAGUCCGUUGACAAGAAUUUCAUACGAAAAUUGGUUUGGCUUUGGAAGGGACCCGGGGAGGGGGUACUGGGGAGGUGGGGGCAGUUGCCAGCGUCAUCGGAGUGCCAGUGCCAGGUGCGUCGAAGGUGUUCAAGUGAAGCGAAGCAUACAGUGCCAGUUCAGGUCUUCAAGAGGCAGGAUUCGAGCUGCCUCUCCGGUCUGUGGACUCGUGUCAAACGUUGAGCGUCCAGCGAUGUGGCUUGUCCUCGCGGCUGUGUGCCUUGGGGCGUGGGACGUGGGCGCCGACGCCCGCAAGACGCAUUUCCUCCCGCCGCGAGAUCUCAAUCGGCCGGACCGCAUCGUGGGCGGUGAACCCGUGAACGAAGGUGACCUCAAGUGGCAGGUAUCCAUCCAGCAGAAACGAGGAGACACCAGAGCUCACUUCUGCGGCGGCUCUCUCAUCUCGGAAUCGUGGGUGGUCACGGCCGCCCACUGCACCAUGGGCAUUGACUACAGCCAAGUGGUGGUGGUGACGGGCGCGUGGGACCUGAAGCAGGGAGGCAACGAGUACGAAGUUGAUAAGGUGAUCCCCGCAGAAUACGACGACAGCACGCUCGUCCACGACAUCGCGCUCCUCAAACUCAAGAAGAGCUCCAUCCCCACGCGCGAAGGCGCUACGGCCGUUCCCAUCAGCCUCGAAACCCGGAAAGAGGUCGGAGUCGGCACGAAGUGUAUGAUCUCCGGCUGGGGAAGGAUGGAGGAGGGAGGCCGAGCGCUCCCGCACAUCCUCAGGGCCGCUGACGUCGAGGUCAAAAGCGACUCCCAGUGCAACGAGACUUACAACUCGAUCUCGUAUUACGUCCAUCGGUCCAACGUGUGCGCGGGAGGAGAGACCAGGGACGCCUGUCAGGGCGACUCCGGAGGCCCCUUGGUGUGCUGCGAGGAGGGAUCCAUGGAACCCGAAGACUGCAGGCUGUCCGGCGUGACGUCAUGGGGCAUAGGCUGCGCGCGCAAGGGCCUCCCCGGCGUGUACACUGAGGUGGCGCACUACACUGACUGGAUAAAAGAGGUGAUCGCGAGUGAGGACAACAGUUCUCUCGAGAAGAUUGGUUUCUUCGAAGGAGAAUAGGAGGAGGAGGAGGAGGAGGAAGGGCAGAGGGUGGAGGAAGAAGAUGAGGGAGGAGGAAGGCAAGAAGAAAGGAAAAAAUGGGGGUUGGAGAUGCUGAAGAGGUGUUUUGGAAGAGGAAGAGUCAGAGAGGGAAAGGGCAGUGUUAAUUCAGAUGGAAGUGAGAAUACGUAAACGUAAGAUAAACAGGAGAAAGGGACAUGUCUAUAAGAACAAGGACAUAUUUUCAUCGAAUUGACCUGAAGACCAAACUGCAAGUCCUGGACAGUCCGUUGAGAAGAGUCAAGGAGAUAAAAGCAAACUAAAAUCCUCUGUAUUAUGUUUCCUAUGUGAAAGAUCACCAAUAAAAAAAUCACCAGAUAGAGUUUUUCAAUCGAAUUUCUUGAAUUGUAAGAGUGCGUAUCACCCACUUAUGAUAUGUGCAUAUGACGGUGGGUGUACGUUUGACUGUGUGUUGGGAGGGCUUGAGGUGUACGCGUGUGUAUUCCAUGUUGCGUAUGUGCUUAAAAUAUUCAGUCAGAUGUAUUUCAUAAUUAAGAAAAAAAGAAAUGAAAAUAUAUAUAUAUAUUUUUUUUUUUAUUAUUAAAAAUUCUCCUAAAUCAAUGGUUUUUCAACGAUUAAAAUUUGCAGCUUGGAGGAAAUCAUGGGCAAAUUUCUCAAAAAAUCUGAAAAAUAAAUAUUAAUUCUGUAAUGUGUUGUAUCUCGACUUUUUUCCCACAUACUUCUGCGAAACAGCAAUUAAGACAAAGGUAAGAGACCUCAUGAUAUUCGAUAUUUCACCUGGCUGACGCAAUGAACAGUAAUAUCAUAAGUGGGACUUCGAUGACUCAUUGCACGGUUGAUUAUAUCUUUGCCCUUUUUUGCUAUUAAAAACGGGGUGAUUUUGCCCCUUUAUUUAAAUGCAAUGUACACGUACCAUGAAUUGUGCAAAACUAUUUUCUUAAUUUAUUUCGUUUGUUAGAGUAUAUAGCCGAACCAUAUUUUGUGCAAGAGAUCAACAAUAAAGUUGUUUUAACCACUU